AAAACUCUGCUUGCGUGGUUUUAGUGCUGUUAUCGGCAGUGAAUUUUUCAUAGAGAUGUUUUUAAAGCAGUCAUUAACCGAUGGCACGUGGAUAUAGUGAAAAUACAUUUUUGUAGCUCAACUGAUUCAUUUCUUCUGUCUAGAAAUGGCUGGGUUCUUGGUUACAGGACUUGUGCUCUUCUUGUUGGAGGUGAUAUGUGAUGGUGAGCCAACACACGCUGGGCCAGAAACAAUGGAGCAGCCCCAUGAGCAAGUCAAGCUCGUCUAUCCUACAUCACAAUGGGUGCUGAAGUUGUUUAACGACUCACUACCCUUUUCCAGAGCUGAGAGUUUCUGCAGAGGUCAGUUCAGCUCUCUGAUCGCCCUGGAAGAGUCAGAGGACAAGAAAGAGACCAUGGAGUUCCUUCAGCAGACUGGACUUCGCUCCCCAGUCUGGGUUAAAGAUCACCCCAGAGCAGAGUCCAAGCCGGUAGCUCUCUCCAGGCAGUAUUUAGAGUUCUCAGUGCUAAAAUUUCCAAAGGAAUCCCAAGAAGGCUUUGCACGUGUCAGAGUGUCUUUUCCCGCCAUGUCGUCUGUCAGCGUGUGUGUUCGGGUUCAGUGGGACACAGAGUGGACUGACGUAUCAACAGUCUUCUCUUACGCUGCACCUGUUUUGACCAAUGAGUUCCAGAUGCGAGGCCGAGUGGACACACAGGGUCGUAUCCACCUGGCCCUCAUAAUCCACGGAAAACACUUUCCAUACAAGGCAUCCUUUGCAAAUGACGGUGCAUGGCAUCACAUCUGCGUCACAUGGAGUAGAAUGAGCAAACAUUGGGCUAUAUAUGUGGACGGAGACAGGAAAGACACGGGCUCUGGUACUGAUAUGGACAGGGAGAUACACGGUGAUGGUAUUCUUAUCCUGGGUCAGGACCAAGACUCAUUUGGAGGAAAUUUCACAGAACCAUUUUUUGGGAACAUCACUGACCUGAAUGUAUGGAACAUUUCUUUGGACACGAGGCAUGUCCGUGCCUUGAAUUUGUGUUCGCCCACAAAACAGGAAAAAGUUUUCAGCUGGAACCUCAGCCUCAUAGACAGCCAUCAUGUGGUCAAAGAGGUGAAGGCCCCUUUGUUCUGUCCAGCAGUGCUCCAGCAGAUGGAGCUCCAGGGCUGCAGGACGUUGCAGGGCUGGUCAGAUCAGCUGCCAUCCUUCAGCUGGACGGACUGCUCUGAUCUUCUGCCUUUCAUCUGCAGGAGCAGCCGAGAGCGGCACCACAGGAUGGAGCAGAUCAGUAAGUCUCAGAGCAGCCAGCCUUCUGCCUUCAUGAACCAACUGAUGAAGCUUUCCAACAGGAGCCAGUCUGAGUUGGUGCUUGUGCAGCAGCCAUCAGAGCUGGACAGCCUGGCCCAGGCUGCAGCCUUGCUCAACGCCUCCAUCCAGGCCCUGGAAGACACGCAGCAGGACGGCCUGCAGCCAGCCGACAUGGUGACGCUCAUCCAGCUGCUGACACUCACUGCUGACGUCUCCUCUGAACCAUCAGUCAGCGCUGAAAACAGUAGCAGUGACAACAUCCAGGAGCUCAGUCAGCACUUCAUCAGCUUGGCUGACAGCAUCAUCAGUGAAGACAAUGCAGACAAGUGGCAGGCUAUCAAAGAGGUGGUGAACGGUCCCAUGGAUGUUGUGAAGAGUGUGGACCGGAUGGUGAUCCGCUUGAGUCCAAGUUUGACAGCAGAGACUGACCAUGUGACCAUUCACACUCCCAAUAUCAAAGUGGAGCUGCAGCAACAAAGACUGGGUGAAGGAACUAGAGUGGAGAGUUUCUGUGGGCCUGAGUCAGAGACUCUCAACCUUCCAGACUGCAUUUCUGUUCCACAUCAGAAGAUACAAGAUCUGCAGAACAAUGGCUUCUAUAAGAUCACCUUGGUCAACAUGUGGUAUGGCUCUCUCCGACCUCUUUUCAAUCCAGAGGAGAACAUCACCAAGGAGCCUACGGUCACUGACGGCACACAAAGGUAUCUGGGCACUGUGCUGGGCUCUGCUGUUAUAUCCUCCACUGUGCUGGGAGAUGACCAGCCAGUCAGCAUGGCCGUUCACUUCCAGCUCCAGCACAAAGCACAGAAUUCCGUUGAUGCUCUGUAUGAUCCUGUGUGUGCAUUCUGGGACUUUGAUCUUACGCCAGAGGCCGGUGGGUGGUGGAAUACAAGAGGCUGUGAGCUUGUGUCCAAACAUUAUGGAUACACAGCAUGCUACUGCAACCACACCACCAAUUUCGCUGUGCUACUGCAGGUUUACGAAACUCAGAGGAGCCCAGAAAACGAAAAAGCUUUGCAGGUGCUGACGUUCAUUGGCUGUGGAGUGUCUCUGUGUGGCCUCCUCUUCACCUUCAUCCUCUUCAUUGCUGUGGGUGUCCCCAAAUCAGACCGAACCACUGUCCAUAAAAACCUGAUAGCCGCUCUGGGCCUCGCUGAGCUGCUGCUGAUGUGCAGCGACUGGGCUGCAGAAAAUCAGGCUGCAUGUUUCCUGGUGACUGCUCUGCUUCAUCUCUUCUUCAUGGCAUCCUUCUGCUGGAUGCUAGUUGAGGGUCUUCUUCUUUGGAGCAAAGUGGUUUCUGUUAACAUCAGCGAGGACCGCAGGAUGAGGCUCUACUACAUCAUAGGCUGGGGACUACCUGCUCUGAUAGUUGGACUAACAUUGGUGAUAUCAAGAGGCAAAUACAAGUCACAUGAUCACUGCUGGCUCAGUGUGCAAACUGACACCAUCUGGGCCUUUGUGGGUCCGGUCAUAUUUGUCUUGACGGUCAAUGCAGUUGUGCUGUGCCGCGUUGUCAUGGUGACCGUUUCCAGCGCUCAUCGCCGCGCUAAGAUGCUCAGUCCAAGCUUUGCAUCGAAAAUGCAGACCUUUGACCUCACUUGGGCUGUGACCCGUCCAGUUCUCAUCCUGCUGCCGGUUCUGGGUCUGACGUGGAUGUGUGGCGUGCUGGUCCAUCUAUCUGUGGUUGUCAGCUACGUCUUCAUUAUCCUCAAUUCCUUCCAAGGGCUGUAUAUCUUCUUAGUGUAUGCUGUUUACAACAGUGAGGUGAGGAAUGCCAUAAAGAGGAUCAAAGAAAAGAGAAAGGCUCUGUCUUUCACAAACUGCUCUCAGCCCACCAGCUUCCUUCCCUCCCAAAAGGUUCCAACAACCUCCUGGAGCCGGAGCCCCCCAACCUCCUCCAGCCGAGAAACAAGUGAGACCUCUGGACCCCUCAGCUCCACUUCCACAUCACUGGUCAUCAAGAACGAGAGUUUUAAAAAGGAAAACGUUGUCAGUUUCUCUUUGAGACACUCAUCAGGAAACCAAGUGGUGCAGCUGACUGGGUUUAAACCAUCAGGUUGUUGAGCUGCAGAUGGGGAGACUCGCCUCUGUACGAUACACACACACACACAUGAUGGAGAGCAAGAGGACAAGAAUGGAAAGAGGAAUCUCCAUCUUCUCCCACAGUCAUCUACUCAACUGAACCCAUCAACUCAUCACUUUCCUAAUAACUCAGCAAUGUAAUAUUUUACAUUUCUCCAUCAAGUAGUGAUGAGACUUAAACUCUCAUUGAUGAGUUUGAUUCAUCUUCCCAACGCUCCGAAGCACAACACUUUUUACAUUCUUCAGAAACAGAAACGUCUGGACACUGUAAGUAGAAACAGGACUUGGCUCAUCCAUCCUGUAACAGGCAGUGUGGACCUGGACCGAUGCACCACUAACUCACUUUAAAGCAUUUUUGUAGUUUAACAUUUGUAUUUCUACUUGACACAAUUUCCUGUGGUCUAAAGAGACAGGAUGCAGGUGUGAGAAUAGUCAUUAUCUUACCAGCAGUCAGAGUCGACGUAGUUACACUUCCAAUCAGAAGUUUACAUACACUAAUCCUCCGGGUCAAUAGCACCAGUCCAUUCACCAUGUAAUUGUGGAAUUUGAUAUUUCAUAAACAAAAAUUUGCUUUAUGGAGACUAGACAAUUUGAAAAAGAAAAAUACUCAUGUUAUUAAAUAAGAAAUUUUGGUGUAAGGUGUUUUUUUGUUUCUUUCUUUUUGCCCAUAAUCAAAAUGUAUUUAUGUCACAAAACUACAAUGGAAACAUUUUUUUGGUAUCACUGAGGGUAUCAACAACCAUAAAGAUCAAGAUGACAGGAAGCAGUUGGACAGUGGCUUCCCAUGUGUUUUAAUGACUGAUUGUGUGAACCAUUUUAUUCACGUGAUUUUAAUUGCACACAUCUCCAAUGGGAAGUUUUGCACACGUCUCCAAUGGGAACACAGCUUCAGUAACAUAAACCCCACCGAUAUUUAUCUCAUUUGCAAAUUAUAAAUAAAUAACACACAUUCUGGACCCGUAUUUACUCCAAAACCAGUUUCCAGUUCAGUUUGGGAUCAUCGUCCUGCAUGAAUCUUCAGUUGGUUCUCUUGUUUCAACUUUUCAGAUGUUUAUUAGAAGUGUAGUUGAAGAGUUUGAAGAUAGUGCUUUAUCCAUUUUCCUCCUCCUGCUUUGUGGACACAUUAGUAACACUGGCAGUAUGACGCCACCAACACCGUGCUCAAAAGAUGGUGCAAUGUUCUCUGGUUUAAAACGCUCGGCUUUUCUCAUCCAUUCCUAUUUCUUGUCAUUUUAUUCAGACCACUCAGUCUUUGUCUUGUCUGAAUGAACUUUGACCUGCCCAAGAAAUGAAAAUUUCACUAUGAAGUUAAAGAGGGACAUUUUCCUUCUCAGUUCAUGUUGGUGUUUCAUACUGCAGACAUUCUGGCACCUUCCAUUCUGUGAUAUCCUUGAUUCUUUAUGAUUUCUUGGUUGUUUCCAAAAAUUCCAAAACAUUAUUCUGAUGCAUGAAACAAGAAUCGGAGAAACACUGCAUGAAAUUCAGGCUUGUUCACACAAUUAUUCUUUCUCAAAUAAAUUGAUUUUUUGCCAGCUAAUCUUCCACUUUGAGAAAAGAACAGUUGGAAUUCAAUUGAUUCUGAUGAUGAGUGUAUGUAAGCUUUUCACUGGCAAGAAUAUUAUCAUGUAGUCUUAACCAGCAAGACUUACAUUUGUCAGCUUUACAUCAGUUUGUCUCUGCUUCAUACUCUGUAUGACGUAUUGAUGAAACAACCGUACAGUAACCUGUCUGAGAGCUUAUGUUGACAAACAUCAAAAUGUAAUAAAAAAUGUUGAAAUAAAGUACAGAGCAGUCAGCUGACGAGCUAACACCCCA